CAAAUCUCUUAGCUCUUCUUGAUCUGCAGAAAAAUGGAGUCCGCCAAGGAACCAGCUCAAGCUGUCCCUUUUUCCUCUCCUUUCCUCCCUUCAACCAGAAGGUGGUGGUCCAAGGAAACGGUGGCUAUCGUCACCGGAGCGAACCGGGGGAUUGGGUUUGCACUGGUGCAGCGCUUGGCAGAAUUGGGACUCACUGUAAUCUUAACUGCUAGAGACUCCGAGCGGGGGCACUGUGCAGCUCAGGCGCUGAGAGCGCAAGGACUUCACGUUCACUUCUUAAGCCUCGAUGUCUCCGACCCUGCUUCGAUCAAGACUUUCGUAGCAUUGUUCCGUAUGAAAUUCGGAACGUUGGAUAUCCUCGUGAAUAAUGCAGCUGUCUCCUUCAAUGAGAUCAAUGAGAAUUCAGUGAAGCAUGCAGAGACAGUGAUCAAUACCAAUUUCUAUGGAGCAAAGUUACUUACUGAGGCUCUCUUGCCCAUGUUUCGUCGCUCCCCUUCCACUAGUCGGAUUCUUAACAUUAGCUCUAGACUUGGCUCACUAAACAAGCUCAGGAACCCAGAUAUAAAAAACAUACUAGAAAGUGAAAAUUUGUCGGUGGAGCAGAUCGAGGCUGUGGUAAGUUUGUUUCUUCAAGAUGUGAAAAAUGGAAGAUGGGAGUGGCAAGGGUGGCCAAAAUUAUGGACAGAUUAUGCAGUGUCAAAGCUGGCACUAAAUGCAUACACAAGGGUUUUAGCAAAGCGGUACGAGGUGGGAAGAGAUAUAAGUGUGAAUUGCUUUUGUCCCGGUUUCACUCAGACAUCUAUGACUGGUGGCAAAGGAAAGCAUACAGCCGAGGGCGCUGCGGAUGUUGGAGCUAGGCUGCUCCUGCUUCCUCCUCAGGAGCUACCAACUGGAAAAUUCUUUGUUGGAAGCGGCAGCAGCAGCACUACUACUUUCGUUAAUUCUAAAUUAUAA